AUGUAUUUAAGCGAGGGGUAUAUGCAUACAAACAAAGAAGUGGAGUUUGAGCAAUCUGUCAAUACAUGUGUCGAGGAGUUAAUCAGUACUUCCGUAGUGAAGAUGAGUUUUGAUAUACCAACAAACCUAUUCAAUUCAAUUACUGAUAAACGAGGGAAUAUACGCAAAAGGAGCGAAGACAUCCUUACGGCCUUACGUAGUCAACGUGUAUAUACAAAAUUAGCAAUCAAAAAGUAUUCACAACGCUUUUUAGAUUCUUCGAUAUCAGAAUUUUACAUCGAUUUAACGGAUGCUGAUACUAUAAAAUUACUGAAAAUUGCUCAAGGCCGUAAACCUAUACUGGUUGCAGUUCUGUGCAAACCGACUAUGAAGGAGUUACCUAUUAGCCCAACAGGCAAUUUACUUCACACUAUUUAUAUCAACCCUGGUAUUAGAAAUCCAAUCCGUCAUCAGUCGAUACAUUGUAUUUUGAGAAAGCCCUUAAAGGCGCGGUGUAAGUAUUUACUCUCAAUGUUCGAGUUGCCAUUCACACUGAAUCUUUCUGUGUUGAUCCUUCAAUUUUCCGCUCCGGAAAACAGCAAGACCAUUGCUUUGUCGUUACUAAGAUAUGACAAAGUAGUAUGUAUUCAUGUCAAAUGA